AUGACCAAAAAUGUCCAAGUCCACACCCAGAAGAUUAGUAGCACCAGGGGAUCCAACCACCAAAAACUGAGUGGUGAGGCAAGGACUGUUGUAAGAGAUUUGUGUGGAAAAAACGUCAUCGACGGAUAUGAAGUGAUGAGGGAGAUGCGAGAAUAUGAGGAUAAAUCCGGCGAGCCCAAAUGUUGGUAUGUGGCACCAUCCACAAUAGCAAUGGAUGAUGCCAUGUCUAUUUGGAAGACCAUCAGAGUGUGUGCAACCUCCAAGGUUUCAGAGGCCAGUAUCAUCUUCAUUGGAUACAUGAAACAGCUACGUAACUGUAUUGCACAGAGACUGGCCAUUACCCCCAUAAAAGAACUGGAAAAACAAAAGAAUUUGCACCGCAUAUGGCAUCGUAACCUGAAAGCUAAGGCUGAUAUAAUAAGAUUAAGAGAUGAACUUGAAACUCAGAGGAAUGAAGGUAAUGCACAGCUUGCAGAAAAAGAUAUCUCAAUUCAGAAGAAUGAGGAACAUAUUGAUAAAUUGAAAAAACACUGUAAGGAUAACAUUAAAAAAAGAAUAAAUGAAUCAGAAAGAAAUAUGAUAAGUGAUUGGAAACAGAGUGAAUGCAGACAAGAGGGACUUCAGAUAGAGCUUAAGGAUGCUGAAAAAAAGUUUGAGAACUUGCUCUCAGAACACUUGCAGUGUGAAAAGAACUUGAAAGCAAACAAGCAAAAUGUUGAAUUACAGUUGCUCACUGUGCUGAAUAAAUACGAUAAAGAUAUGGGACAGCUACAGGCUACACUUGAAGAGAUUAUUGAAGGUUUCAACAAAGAGAAGCAACAGAUGAGAGAGUUACAGGAGCUGUUUAACAUCCAGGAAAUGGAGUACACGAGGUUAAUGACUGAAAAAGCUGAAGAUGAACAACGCGAACUGGACCAUAAAAUAUACAUUUUCAUUACAAACAGAUGUGCACGCAGAAUUCAGCAUGCCUGGAGAGAAUACAAACAAAGAAAGCUUUCAAAGCGUAAAGGGAGAAAGAAGAAGAAAAAAUAAAAUGGUUAUAUUUCAAAUUUUCUGUACAAGAAAAACAAUAUAAAGAUACAUAGAUAGUAGUAGUGGUGGUAAUAGUAGUAGUAGUAGUUAAU